AUGGCGGUCACUAUCGAGGAGCUGUAUCGUAACUAUGGGAUCCUUGCCGAUGCUAAGCCAGAGGACCUGAGCCAGCACAAAUAUGCCUAUCAGGUGAUCCUUGAUGGGGUGAAGGGGGGUCCCAAGGAGAAGCGCUUGGCUGCACAGUUCAUUCCCAAAUUCUUCAGCAGUUUCCCAGAGCUGGCAGAUGCUGCAAUCAAUGCUCAGCUUGACCUUUGUGAGGAUGAAGAUGUCUCGAUUCGGAGGCAGGCCAUCAAAGAGCUCCCCCGUUUCGCAGCCGGGGAGAACAUCGUCAGGGUAGCAGAUAUCCUCACCCAGCUUCUCCAGACCGAUGAUUCGGCCGAAUUCAGUCAAGUGAACGCAGCGCUGGUCUCGAUCUUCAAGAUGGACGCAAAGGCUACCCUGCGAGGCCUCUUCUCUCAGAUCCUGCAGGGGGAGGACAUAGUGAGGGAGAGGGCCAUCAAGUUCCUCUCCAUCAAGCUGAAGACACUGCCUGAGGACACCAUGACCAAGGAGGUGGAGGACUAUGUGUUCACAGAGACAAAGAAGGUGCUGGAGGAUGUGACAGGGGAGGAGUUUGUGCUGCUGAUGCGCAUCCUGAUGGCGCUGAAGGGCCUGCAGACGGUGAACGGGKGGCAGCAGCUGGUGGAGCUGGUGGUGGAGCAGGCCUUCCUGGAGCAGGCGCUGAACCCCGCCGACCCCGACACUGUGGACCGUUUGCUGCAGUGCACGCGCCAGGCACUGCCCCUCUUCUCGAAAAAUGUCCAUUCUUCCCGCUUUGUGACCUACUUCUGUGACCAUGUCCUGCCCAACCUCAGCACCCUGACCAGUCCCGUGGCAGAGCUGGACAUUCAGCAGGAGGUGCUAAAGCUGCUUGCUGAGAUGAGUCUGUUCUGUGGGGACAUGGAAAAGGUGGAGGCCAACCUCCUCAUGCUGUUUGAGAAGCUGCUGGAGUUCAUGCCACUUCCCCCAGAGGCGGAAGGCGAGAACGGCGAGAACACGAUGAGCGAGGAACCCAAGCUGCAGUUCAGCUACGUGGAGUGUCUACUCUUCAGCUUCCACCAGCUGGGCAAGAAGCUGCCCGACUUCCUCAUCGACAAGAUCAAUGCAGAGCGCCUCAAAGACUUCAAGAUCAGGUUACAGUACUUUGCCAGAGGGUUGCAGGUAUACAUUCGCCAGCUGCGAGUAGCCCUUCAAGGCAAGACGGGAGAUGCACUGAAGACCGACGAGAACAAGAUCAAAGUGGUGGCUCUGAAGAUCACUAACAACAUCAACGUUCUGAUCAAGGAUCUCUUCCACAACCCACCGUCGUACAAGAGCACGGUCACUCUGUCCUGGAGGCCUGUCCAGAAGGCUGAGGCUGUAACUCUGAAGCGCCCAUCCGGGGAGGAGAUGGGCACAGGCAGUACCAUGAAAAAGCUGCUGUCCCCCCCACUGCCCCGAAGGAACGCGCGGCAGAUAUACAACCCCCCCAGCGGCAAGUACAGCGCCACCAUUGGCAACUUCACCAACGAGCAGCGCGGAGGCUUCAGGGGAGGCCGGGGACGAGGCUUCGGAGGCAGGGGAGGCAGGAGCCGAGGCCGAAUCUACUGAGUCCACCAUCUCACACACACUGAAUUGCAGCACAUCAGAAUCCCUGCCGUAGCUGAGGUGGUCUCCACGACCACUGCUCCUCAACCUGUGUCCAAUUGUUCUUUUUUUUCUCUGGCUCCAAACGCCUGUGGUAAAGGAAGUUGUUUUUUUGUUUCCUGUUUUUUUUCCUUCAAAGUAAAUCUACUUCAAGAAGACCGGGCUUCAGACUUUUCUACCUGGUGUUUCUACCCCGACACUGUUCCCCCGGCGAAGCGGUUGUUCAAGUAGAUCAGCGUGUUUUUUUAAUUAUUGUGAAUGUAUUUUUGUGGAACCAGAGACUGCCAAGUUGUACCUGAUUUGAUAUUUUAGUCAGAUGUUGGAUAAUCUUUCUUUGUUUUACACAAUGGUGACGAAUGCAUUCUUUCUACCUUUUUUUGUUUAUUUAAUCCUUACAUUUGGAUUGGCCUACUCUCUUCCCUACUUUGUAUUGAUCGAUAAUGAAGUUUUCAUCAGAAUUUUAUCAUAAACUUGUAUUGAAGUCUCAAACACCUUGACCCUUUUGUUUGUGUAACACCUUGUUAAAAUAAGACCGUUACAUUGGUUUUCGAUGUAUUCUGACUUUCUUGUUAGUAAAACUAGAUUAUUUCCUCCACAAAAUAGGUUGUGUGAUGCCCAUUAGUACAGAUUGUUAUUAAUUGCAUGUAGGUUGUCAUUCAAACCAGACAUGGCAGAUUGAGGACAUCGGGGGCCAUACUUGUCCCCAUGAACAUAAGCAACCAUUUUAAAGUUUCUCUGGCUCAAUGCGUUUUAGCCAAUUAAAAUCGCAGGUUUACUUGGA